CUCCGUGUCUGCCGUUGAAGCCGAAGCCGAAGAAGAAGAAAGAAGCAUGGUUUCAACGAGACGCAACGGUGGAUCUCUCUCUUCCAACAACACCAAAAGACCUUGCUCUUCCGAAGACAAGCCUUCAUCAUCUCCUUCACCUAAGCGCCACAAGGCCGACAAUGUUGCCGCCGCCGCCGCCGCCGAGGAGUCGGACAAACCGAUGCCGCCUGCAGAGAAUUCCAAGGAAUUGUGCACUCCGGAGCCCCCCGCUGAUCCCGGAGAAUGCGGUCCCGCUGAUGCUCAGAUCUCCGGAGCAGGCGGUGCCGACGCCAAGGCCGAUGCUACGCCGCCGAUCGCUGAUGGGUCUUCGCCGGCUCUGGUGGCUGAUAAGCCUAGAGCACCGUUUACUUCUUGGAGUAUAUAUCAGAAACAAAACCCAAAUCCGGAGGCGCCAGUUCCAUGGUGCAGGCUUCUGUCCCAGUCAGCACUGAAUCCAAAUGUUGCCAUUUGCACGCCCAACUUUACUAUCGGCUCUGGUAGAAAUUGCAACUUUCAAUUGAAGGACCAUACUAUAAGUGCAAAUUUAUGCAAGAUCAAGCUUACACAGCGUGAGGGAAGUGCUGUAGCUGUGCUAGAAUGUAUGGGCAGCAAAGGAUUUGUGCUAGUAAAUGGGGUGGUUGUCAAGAAGAAUACCAGCUGCAUGCUUAACUCGGGUGACGACGUGGCUUUUGGUUUGCUGGGAGUUCCUUCUUAUAUUUUCCAGCAAGUAAAUACUGAGGUUGCAGUUAAGGGUCCAGAAGCUCAGAGUGGCGUUGGCAGAUUUCCACAGCUUGAAAGGAGAGCCGGAGACCCUGCCGUGGCUGGGGCUUCUAUUUUGGCUUCUCUUUCUAGCCUUAGACAGGAACUUGCAAUAUGGAAAUCUCCAUCUCAGACCGCCAGUAAACCUCACCAGGGUACCGAUGUUUCUAAUCAUUCUGUUCUCCAUGAUGGUACAGAAACUGAGCUUGAUGGCCUGGAAGGCAACUCAACUCCAAAUGUAGGGGAUGAUAAAGCUGCUAACGUUGAAGCAAGCGACUCUCCUAUUGAUUGCGAUCCAGAUGAUGCGGGCACAGAGGCAGGCAAUGUAUUGGAAGAAAUAAAUGGGAUGAGGGAUACACAAGCUGCAUCAACUUCGGGUACAUCUGUACGUUGCGCAGUUUUUAAAGAUGAUGUUCAUGCUGUAAUACUGGAUGGAAAAGAAAUAGAAGUGUCCUUUGACAGCUUCCCGUACUAUUUAAGUGAGAAUACAAAAAAUGUCCUGAUUGCAGCUUGCUUUAUACACCUGAAGCAUAAAGAACAUGCAAAGUACACCACGGAUCUUACAACCAUAAACCCUCGUAUUCUACUCUCGGGACCUGCAGGGUCAGAAAUAUAUCAGGAGAUGUUGGUGAAAGCACUUGCAAAACACUUUGGAGCUAAAUUGCUCAUAUUUGAUAGCCAUUUGCUUUUGGGUGGUUUAUCUUCCAAGGAAGCUGAGCUGCUUAAAGAUGGAUUUAAUGCUGAGAAAUCCUGCAGCUGCACCAAACAAUGUCCUACAGCCACAGACAUGGAUCCAUCAGCUAGUGAAACACAGAUACCUAGCUCUUCAAAUGCAGCUACUUCGUAUGGCCCUGAGUCUCAACCGAAGUUGGAAACUGAUGGUGUACCAUCUACCUCUGGAACAGCUAAAACUACCUUGUUUAAACUAGGUGACAGGGUAAAAUAUAGCUGUUCGUCUUCUGUUGUCUUGCCUCACACAUCUUCUUCAAGGGGUCCACCUAAUGGAAGUCGGGGGAAGAUUGUCUUACUUUUUGAUGAUAAUCCCCUGUCAAAAAUUGGUGUAAGAUUUGACAAACCCAUAACUGAUGGAGUUGAUCUUGGAGGUGCCUGUGAGCGAGGUGAAGGAUUUUUCUGCAACGUCUCGGAUCUUCGAUUGGAAAACAGUGCCAUUGAAGAACUGGACAAACUACUUAUUAAUACUUUGUUUGAGGUUGUGUUCAGUGAGAGCAGAGAUGCGCCUUUCAUUUUGUUCAUGAAAGAUGCAGAGAAGUCUAUAGUAGGAAAUGGAGAUCCUUUUUCUUUUAAAAGUAGGCUUGAAAAGCUUCCAGACAAUGUGGUGGUAAUAGGUUCACACACUCACACUGACAGUCGAAAGGAGAAGUCACAUCCUGGGGGUUUGCUUUUUACAAAGUUUGGCAGCAAUCAGACUGCCCUUCUUGACUUGGCUUUCCCUGAUAGUUUUGGAAGAUUGCAUGAUAGGGGAAAGGAAGUCCCAAAGCCAAACAAAACUUUGACUAAGCUUUUCCCAAAUAAAGUAAUAAUUCACAUGCCACAGGAUGAGGCACUUCUAGCGUCUUGGAAGCAGCAACUUGAUCGAGAUGUUGAGACUCUCAAAAUCAAAGGAAAUUUGCACCAUUUGCGUACAGUUUUGAGUCGUUGUGGGAUGGAAUGUGAAGGAAUUGAGACCUUGAGCAUUAACGAGACGCUUACAAAUGAAAUUGCUGAGAAGAUAGUUGGUUGGGCUGUAAGCCACCAUCUCAUGCAGAAUUCUGAAGCUGAUCCUGAUGCAAAACUUGCGUUGUCUUGUCAGAGCAUCCAGUAUGGAAUUGGGAUCUUACAGGCUAUCCAGAAUGAGUCGAAGAGCCUGAAGAAGUCUCUUAAGGAUGUUGUAACAGAAAAUGAGUUUGAAAAGAGGCUUUUGGCUGAUGUUAUUCCACCUAGUGACAUCGGUGUUACUUUUGAUGAUAUUGGAGCUCUUGAAAAUGUCAAGGAUACAUUGAAGGAAUUGGUGAUGCUUCCUUUACAGAGACCCGAGCUUUUUCGCAAGGGGCAAUUAACCAAGCCUUGCAAGGGUAUCCUAUUAUUUGGUCCCCCUGGAACUGGCAAGACAAUGCUUGCAAAGGCAGUUGCUACUGAAGCAGGUGCAAAUUUCAUCAACAUUUCCAUGUCAAGCAUCACGUCUAAGUGGUUUGGUGAGGGCGAAAAAUACGUGAAAGCUGUUUUCUCUCUGGCGAGUAAAAUUGCUCCUAGUGUGAUAUUUGUUGAUGAGGUUGAUAGCAUGUUGGGCCGGAGGGAAAAUCCUGGGGAGCAUGAGGCCAUGCGAAAAAUGAAAAAUGAAUUCAUGGUGAACUGGGACGGUUUACGUACAAAGGAUUCUGAGCGGGUUCUUGUGCUUGCAGCCACUAAUAGGCCUUUUGACCUUGAUGAGGCUGUCAUUCGGAGGCUGCCUCGGAGAUUAAUGGUAAAUUUGCCAGAUGCUCAAAAUAGAGCGAAAAUAUUAAGAGUUAUACUUGCAAAAGAAGACUUGUCUGCUGAUGUUCAUUUGCAUGCAAUUGCAAGUAUGACUGAUGGAUAUUCUGGAAGUGAUCUUAAGAAUCUGUGUGUAACUGCUGCGCACCGUCCAAUUAAAGAAAUAUUGGAAAAGGAAAAAAAGGAACAUGCUGCUGCUCUAUCAGAAGGUAGACCUGCUCCAGCAUUAAGUGGAAGUGCAGAUAUCCGAUCUUUAAACAUGGAAGACUUUAAAUAUGCCCAUCAACAGGUGUGUGCAAGUGUUUCCUCUGAAUCCGUAAAUAUGACUGAACUUUUACAAUGGAAUGAACUAUAUGGUGAAGGUGGUUCAAGAGUAAGGAGAGCACUCAGCUAUUUCAUGUGAGAGUUUCUCCUUUGUACAAAUGUUUCUCCCAUUACUGCCACCCCGUCCUGAAGCCUGCAUAUUUGUAGUUUUGCUGGUCUCUUGAGGCUUGCUGCAGGGCUUGCUGCCUAGCCAUGUCGUCUGUAAAAUGAAAUAUAGUUUUUUUUUUCCCCCUUACCUGUGGGACGGUGGGUUUUGAAAGGAGUGGAGCCUAACAGAAUUUUGGUCAGGCUCUGCUGCUUUUAUUUUGUUCCUCAUCCCCUGGCUGCCACCACAGAAAAGAUAUGUUGAAAAUUUUCUAGUUCCGUACUAGAAAAAGAUGAGUCGUAUGACCCUGUAAAAGUAUUGUCACUCCUAACGGAAUUUGCUGAAACAAUAAGCAUUUAGAUAAUGACAGAGCUCCCUUUAGUUCAUUCGCCAAGUAUGCAAAUCAUUGAUAAAUAUUGGACUUCUGCAAUGGUACCAUUCCUUCAAUGUUCAUGACAAAUCUUUUAUUAAAUGCUUUCUAUAAAACAUUUUAUUUUCAUACCUGACUUGUACAGGUAAUGCUUUUGUAGUAA